UCUCUUAAACAUGAUAUUUUAUCUUGAAGUUUGUAACAAAAUAUGCAUUAGCUUACUAGUUUGUUGGAAUUUGAUAGAGGACACACUCGGAGCCGUUACGUGUAUCUAUUUAUCUGCCUAGGUGGAUGUCAUAACAUUUAGAGAAUUUUUACAGUUUAUGGACGAGCAUUCCGUGUCACAUGACCAGCCAUUUCUUAAUAGAAUUUACAUAGAAAACGUAGCUCCUUGCUUGGAAUUCCCGAACAGAGAGCUUGCCAAUGCAAUUCAUGCUGCUAUAGAAAACAAUGUUCUUUCAAUGGAAACAAUACGAACGAAACCAAUGUUCAGGCGAUGUGCCUUAACUGAUGCAACUCGAUUUUGUCGCCACCGAGUGAAACUCUCCGAUAACCAAGAUUGGAUAAAUAUAUGUCGCAACAGUCGAGACAGGAUUGCUGCCGUCUGUGACUUUUAUACUUAUAUAAGAUACAUCCAGAAAGGACUUGUCAAAGCAGAUGCGACUGAAAUUUACUGGGAAAUAAUGAGACUACGUCACAAAAUGACCGAAGCGAGGCUUGGUUUAACCGCACAGAAACCAACCACGGCAUCGUGACACGUGAUGCAUUUAUAGUUUAUGAUUGGUUGUUUUGGACUAUGGAAUUAUCACGUGACUUCCGCCGUGUUUUGAUGAUAUGGACCUGGGUAAUAUUCAGCUGGUACUGAAAUUACUUAUGACGCAUGCGCAUUGGUGGGAUACAAUAUCUAAGAGUGAAGGGAUUGGUGGGUUUGGACAAUGGAAUAUCACGUGACUUCAGCGUUAUUUUCAUGGGGUGGACCUUGGUUCAGCAUAAACUGAAAUAACACAUGCGCAUGCGUACUGGUAGGAUACGAUCAUCUAAGAGUGAAGCCAGGGAUCAAUUCAAUUGACAACGGCGUAUUUUUAUUGGUUGCAUGUAACAAUACAUGAAACAAUUGCGGCCUGCAUUUGGAAAUUACAAUGCAUCCUGGGAUCCAUUCAAAGAAUGGCAAAAGGGCGUAUUUUCUGGACAUUUAUCACAUGACCUGCAUCAGGCUAUUUCAAGGUGAAGGCUGGAAUGCAUAGCGGCAUUGAAAAAUUUUCAAACGCUCACUUUCGAUGGGCUUUUUGACCAUUUUGUCAUGCUAAACACAUGACACACAUAUCAAAGGUUGCCUUAAAACGUGAACAACAUGGACAACUUCUCCGAGUAUUUCAAUUUUUCGAACUUCGUUGCAUCACUUUAUUCAUGGUAAAGAGAUAAUAGUCUCCUUCACGGUUACCAGUGCCAUCUUGAAAGGUAGCCGUGAAUUUGCAUUUAAGCGAGAUGAAAGUUAAGCGGGCAAUGAUAGAAACCUUCUUUCACACCUACAGACAAUUAUUCAUAGGUUUCUAUCACUGCACGCUCAACGGUCGUCUCGCUUCGAUGUAAAGGCAUGGUUACCUUUCAAGAUGGCGCAGGGAACCGUGAAGAAGACUAUUGGAUAGACACGAAACAGUUUUCCAAAACAACAAAUUUCACUUCUAUACUGCGUUUGGAGAAACCGAUGUUGGAUAAAUCUUGAACGUCUGAGACGCUAAAUAGAUCGUUUAGUCUCGCAAUUUCUUCUCGAUUUUCUGUUGAGUUUUAAAUUUCCACACCGUUCAUAUAUUGGAGUGAAACGCUUAUUAACUAAGA